UACAUUGUGCGAUCAUCGCUUUGUCCUUUACUUCUUAUAUACACGGAAAUCUGGAUUCUGCCACUCUAAUUUCACCUUGAAGACUACGAUCCAUAUGCUGUGCUCGCACAGGAUAGAAAAUGUCGACAGGGAGGAUACGCAGUUCUUUUGGGAUUUAUGUAGUCGUUGUUCUUUUGGAUUGCUGCUGGCAAGUGGUGACUGGGCAGCUCUCUUACUCUGUAUCAGAGGAGGUAAACCCGGGGACUACUGUGGGAAAUCUCGCUAAAGAUCUAAAUCUUAACGUGCAUGACUUGAGGACGCGUAAGUUUCAGAUUGUUAGCGGAUCAAAGAGAAAUUAUUUCGAUAUAAAUUUGAAAACGGGUAGUCUCUAUGUCAGUGAAAGAAUCGACCGUGAAGAGCUUUGCGCAAAAGCUGCAAUAUGUACUGUUAGCGUAGAGGCCGUGAUCAACAAUCCACUGAAGCUUUAUCGUUUAGAUGUAAAUGUAGUCGAUAUUAAUGAUAAUGUGCCACAUUUUCCUGAGAAUUUGCAGUAUCUUAAUAUUGCGGAAAGUACUGUGCCAGGGGGGAAAUUUGGAUUUAUAGGGGCAUCGGAUCUUGACGUUGGAAAGAAUGACGUUAGUUCAUACAAGUUGAGUCAAAAUGAUUACUUUUCUUUAGAGGUCCACAAAGGAAGGGAUAGUGUGUCUGCCGAGCUGGUGCUACAGAAAGCUCUAGACCGAGAAACACAACCUACUGUUAAUCUUACAGUGACUGCUGUCGACAGCGGAAACCCACCCAAGUCAGGAACAUUGCAAAUCAUUAUAAAUGUCUUAGACAAUAAUGACAACGCUCCGGUUUUCAGUAGCGCUUUGUAUAAAACACAGAUUCAUGAAAAUCUACCAAUGGGUAAAACAAUUAUAUUUUUAAAUGCAACAGACGCAGAUGACGGAUUAAAUGCUGAAACUGAAUAUUCUUUUAGAAGUAAAGGUCAGGAUCAUGUUUUAAAUGUAUUUCAAAUAGACUCUAAAACGGGAGCGAUUUCAAUAAAAGGUAAAAUCGAU